AUAAUAUGGAGGCCUAAACAACCGCUUGAGUUUACUUCACUUUUGACCCGGCCCGCUGUUUACGUCCUUUUUAUUAAGCAGCCUUGUAGCUCAUAUAGUAGAGUUGUUGCCGGAGAGAUGUUCUAGGAGCAGGAGCAGCGAAAGCAAAACAAAACAAAGGUUUAACAAAGUAAUCAAACACUAAUUACAUCUUCUGCGAGCCAUCAAGGGAUUAACGUUCUGCUUAAUAGUUCUUGGAUUGCAAGAUUCAUCAUAAAUUAAGUAUGCCCCGAAAGAUAACAAGAAGACUAAGAUCCCAUCCCAUCACUUUCUCCCGCUUUGCUCGUACACUGGCCCUUGCCUCUGUUUGCAAGGUCAAUCGCAAUAUUCGUAACUCCAAAAAUAGUGGACAGGCUUCUCUCAUCUCUUCAGGUAAAAGUGGUGUAAAUCUAGCCAUGAAAAAUCAUAAAUCACAACCUGAAUCUUCUGAUGAUGAAGAGUUCGAAGGAAGUGUCCAAGCAGAUUUUGCCUUCUUUGAUCCGAAGCCGGAUGACUUCCAUGGUGUUAAGGUCCUCCUGCAGAACUACCUUGAUGAUAAACAAUGGGAUUCUAGUGGCUUUACAGACUUGAUACUGGCGCAAACCACUGUAGGGACUGUUGUUAAAAUCGAGGAUGAUGAAGAUAAUGGAGUAUAUGCAGUGGCCACCGUCUUGAACUUGGAAAGAUAUAAGGAUCAGAAGUGCAUAAUGGACAUCAAGCAAUUCCUGCUUGAAGUGUGUCAAGAGAAAAGUAUACAACAGAGCAUGGAAACUAUGUUAGGAGAGCAAGCACAGGAUGUUGGACUAUUGAUUUCUCAGCGAGUAGUAAAUCUACCACCUCAGCUUUUGCCACCACUUUAUGAUGCUCUGUUUGAUGAAGUUUCUUGGGCAAUAGAAGAUGAGCCAACAAAGGAACUGAGAAAUUCAUUUUGUUUCAAGUAUUACUUAAUUGUUGGCAAGAUAUAUGAGCUUAAGAAAAUUAACAACAAACAUAAUAGGACAAGUAGCAGUGAAGAAGCUAUCAUAUAUACUAAGCCCGAAGAAGAAAUUUUACAUGAGCUCUGCUCAUGGUCGUUCAAAUUUCCUUUACAUUCCCAAGGGCAUACAGCUCACGAGUUGAAAAACUACAAGAUAGUGGGUUUAGCCAUGGCUGUUGAAGCAACCAAAGUCGCCACAUUCAGAGAACAGUUGCGGAGUUUGAUUGAAGAGUGAAGUGUAAGGUGCAGUAAUUCUGAGUUUGGGUUGAUGCCGUACUGGAAGUUCUUGCAAGAAUUAUUGCUAGAGAAUGCUUUGCUGGGAAUCAUAUUAAUGACCCAUAUGCAGGUUUUCAUAGGGUGAUGCCCCCCCAAAUUUUGAAUUAAAUAUCGAUCUAUAAUUUUGAAGGGGAGGCUGUGUGUCAUGUUUAAUUUAAAACACUUUUUAGCUGUGUAGAUUUUUUUUUUUUUUAUAAAAAUUAUAUCCAUUUGAUUAUGCAUGAUGCUGGCAGGCAGCUUAUCCUUGGGCCCAGUUGAGGUCCUUGAGGAUAUCUAUCAUAGUUUUAGACCAAUUAUUUAUAGCAUGUACUCCCUCUGUC